AUGGAAGGUCAGGGUGUCAAGCGUGAGGAACUGGAGGGAGCGACCGGCGAGGGUGCUCCACAAGAGGCCGCUGCAGUGGAGGCGGCGCCUCAGGAAGACGUAAGUGGCAGACUGACGCAAAUUCUGUCCGUCGCGUCUGAAUGUAUCCAGCCCGAGGAGCUGAAGACCAGGCUGCUCCUCAAGAGGCGUUUGAUCUGCUACGAUGGGUUCGAGCCGUCCGGCCGGAUGCACAUUGCGCAAGGACUGCUCAAGUGCCAAAUCGUGAACAAGCUGACCAGCAACGGGUGCACGUUUAUCUUUUGGAUCGCAGACUGGUUCGCCCAGCUGAACAAUAAAAUGUCAGGGGAUUUAAAAAAAAUAAAAAAGGUCGGCAAGUACUUCAUUGAAGUGUGGAAGAGUUGUGGCAUGAACAUGGAACAUGUUCAAUUCUUAUGGGCCAGUGAUGAGAUCAACAAAAAGCCAAACGACUACUGGUCCCUCGUAAUUGAUAUAUCUAAGAGCUUUAACAUUAAUAGAAUAAAAAGGUGUUUAAAAAUUAUGGGUAGGUCAGAAGGAGAAGAAAAUUAUUGUUCACAGAUUAUGUACCCGUGCAUGCAAUGUGCAGAUAUAUUUUUUUUGAAUGUGGACAUAUGCCAACUUGGAAUUGAUCAACGCAAGGUCAACAUGCUAGCUAGGGAAUAUUGUGAUAUAAAAAAAAUUAAAAAAAAACCCAUAAUUUUAUCACAUGAAAUGCUUCCUGGCCUGUUGGAAGGACAAGAAAAAAUGUCCAAGUCAGAUGAAAAUUCAGCUAUCUUUAUGGACGACUCGGAAGCUGAUGUGAAUAGGAAAAUUAAGAAAGCCUAUUGUCCUCCUGCCGUUGUUGAGAAUAACCCCAUUUUUGCAUAUGCACGCAGCAUCGUCUUUCCUCAUUACAAUCAGUUUGUUCUACAGCGCAAGGAGAAGAACGGAGGCAACAAGACCUAUACCACGAUCGCUGAAAUGGAGGCGGACUACCUCAGCGGCAAACUACACCCCCUGGACCUCAAGGACAAUGUUGCCAUCUACCUGAACAAAAUGCUUCAGCCAGUGAGAGAUCAUUUUCAAAACCACGCCGAGGCGAAAAGUCUCCUUAGUGAAAUAAAGAAGUACAAGGUGACGAAAUGA